AUGGGUAAAAAAAUCUUAGAGGAGCAACAACCUCAAAAUCGACAUGAAAUAGUAAACUCAGCCAUUACAAAUUCAACUUGGGAAACUGCUCUUCAUGUGGCCGCAGGAGCCAACCAAACUGAGUUUGUACAAAUGUUGAUCGACCAUCCAGAUAUUGACUUGACUUUUCAAGACAUACAUGGCAACACUGCCUUUUCUUCAGCCAUUGCUGGUGGUGCUAUAAAAAUCGUUAAGAAAUUUCUCACUCUCCCAAAUAAUAAUAUUAUUUAUUUUGUAACAACUCGAGAUGAGAAAGGUAUGUCACCAUUAUACAUUGCUUCAUGGUUUGGACAACCUCAAAUAGCUUCACUGUUGUAUCAACAUACCAUAAUUAACAAUAAUGUUGGUUUGGAAAAUGGAGAGUACUUUGGAAUAUUUUUCAAUUGUAUCCAUAACGAUAUCUACGACUUAGCCUUGAAAAUGAUUGAAAGUAGAGGUCAUAUUGUUCACCAACUCGAUUCAAACGGUAGAACUGCUUUGCAUAUAUUGUCUCGAAAGCGACCUAUGGAAUUUAAAUUUGAUCCACAAGCUAUUGGAACAUGGAGUCGAGUUUGGUCGAAAAUUUCAUUUCAAUCAGCACGACGACGACGUGAUGAAAUGCCAGCUCUGAGAUUGGCAAAAGAAAUAUGGAAGAGAAUUUUGGAACGACAUAGCUAUGAGUACAAUGUAAUUCGAAGCAUAAUUAGAAAUCCAUUCAACUUAGUGAUUGAAGCUGCAAAGAAUGGAAAUUUUGAUCUUUUGGUAGUGCUUCUUAGCAUGAGUCCGGAAUUGAUUUGGGAAAAAGAUGAUGAAAACAACACCAUAUUUCACAUUGCAAUUUUGAAUCGUCAUGUGAAAAUAUUCAAAUUAAUACAUGAAAUAAAUGUAUUGAAAAGUGUUGUACGAAGUCAUGAAGAUGAAGCAACACACAACAACAUAUUACACCUUGUUGCCAAAAAACCACAACAAAGUAGAUUGGAUUCCAUGCUUGGAGUAGCCUUACAAAUGCGACACGAACUCUUGUGGUAUCAGGCUUUGUUGUAUGGGAAUUUGAUGUUCAUCCAAAAUGACAUCUUUGGAUAUCCUACCAUUAGAUGCAAGACACUUGUAUCCCUUGUGGUUCAAACUAUAGCCUAG